AUUGUUGCUUUUUUUGUGGCAAAUAGGUACGCAAAUAUACUUCGUGGAAACAUCGUUGUAGUGCGCAGAAUGGUUAUUUGCCCAGGGUGGUCGGUCGCCACCGCGAUUAACCCCCACCACCAAUGCUUUGUUGACUACCGGUUUAAAAAAAAUGUAUUUUAUAUAGGCUAUGUAGCGUAUUACAUAGCCUAUAUAAAAUAAUACUUUAUUUUUUUGCCGUUAGUGGACAAUGCAUUGGUGGUGUGCGCCUAUUGUUCAGCGACGACACUUAUCUGCAAGUUACUUAACUUGAUUAAUGGUAUCCCCAUCUGAAAGGAUCUAAUCGUCCCCAUCCUUCGGGCGCAGAUUUAUGCCUUGGAGCAACGAAAUGGGGGGUGGAGCGGUCCACCGUUUAAUUACCCAUUGUUCCCUGCAUGGCCCUACAUGUAUGUGGUAUUUUACUUAGCAAGUGUUUAUACCAAUUAAUUCGUUGACUUUUCUUUUUCAAAUUCGUCUAUAACGGGAGAUGAUGGACUAUAUGAACAGUUACAUUUCUAUUAAAUCAAUGUUGACAGGCCUAUGUCUUUAUGUGAUAUUAAUAGCAUAGCAUCAUAUAUAAUGUACAUAAAAGUUAUGAGGCACGUUUCUUUCGCAUGUGGAGAUUUUCGACGUCCUUAUGGGAACUAGCCUAUGAUUAUGCUGCCAGAAAUGGGCGUUAUCCGUGUCCCACCACUCAAAUGAGUAGGCUAUCACCACGCGUAUAGAGAAUCCGGCCAUCCAACCGAUGUCAUCCCAAAUAAUAAUAAAAAUAUCUCUAGCUAUCCAUGACGGCAACUACUACACACGCAUAGCAUUAGCCUAUUAUAGAGCUAAUGGGCUUCUGUAAAAACUAAAACCUCUUCAAAUAAUACAUUAUUUUCUUUGGAAUGAAUGGGAUGUCACAAUUUUCUCCUUAUGCCCAACUUUCUCCUUCUAUCCUCUAAAAUACACGCAGGUUUAGUAGCCUUCAGACUACACUACACCCUCGACUCGCACACGUCCCACUGUCUUCAAUAGAAAGCUCAUAUAAAAGAGGGUGAAAGCAAUUAAAUCAGCCACCUUCCUCUCCUCCAGCCUCCCCCGCGUUCCUCUCCUCGGCCGCGGCCCAAACAAUGGGCGCAUAUGGAGCAGAAUACUAAUGAACCCAAGGGCCUCGGUGCGCAGACAGGGGAAUCAUGCCGCAACUUUAAAAACACAACUGGAACAGAUCACCAAUGAGAUGUCAACGUAGAGCAAACUGUCUUUGCUUCGAAUGGGAUGGUAAAGAUUAUUUCUUAGACUGUGCGUGGAGUAACUGAGUACCCCUAAAUGCUGCAUAUUUUCUCACAAUGUGCAGUGCGCAUUUCAUCAAGUCAUUCUGGUCGGUCCUUUAGAGGGAUCUGUCAUUUGGAUCGAUGGAUAUUAACUACAUUGUCUAUCCAAGCAUGCAAGUAAUUACACAGAAAAUUCCUUGGGGAGUAUUGGUUGGAGAAUGAUCUGACAUCAAGGUCUAAUUGAACCACCUCUAUUCAGCUCAUCUACCCAACCCAAACAUCACUUCUCCAUGUUCACCACUGGACCCAAUCUCAUAUUGCAUGUAGAGAGUCAAUGUUGUGUGGAGGCUUUAAGACAGGUUCACACAGAAGCAACUGACCCAUGUUGCCCUCUCCUGGGAGGGGGGGACAGUUCCCUUGGCAGGGGCUCUGGCCCCAGGGCCACCUGUCCUGUUUAUAAUGACCCAGUGUGAAGUUGCUGACAGCCAUGCCAUGCCAGACAGCAGCUGGUAAAGCACAAGACACUCUGAGACACCCUGCUGUGUGUGUUUGAAGAUCUCAAUCAUUAGCUAGCCUUUGUGUGUGUUCAUAUUCACUGAAUGGGCAUGUGCGUGUGUGUGUGUGUGUGUGUGUGUGUGUGUGUGUGUGUGUGUGUGUGUGCUUCUGUGUCUCUAUUGAUGUAUGUGCUUGGCCUCAGUUUGUGGUGAUUUUGGCAUGUGUAAGAUGUCCUGUGCCCAUGUGUCUUCCAUAGAGGGCAACAUCAUUAGUGAGACUACCCCUCUCAGCGGUGAGUGACUGAUGUCUGGGUGGGUGAGAGCUGCCUGGGCCUGGGGCUUUGUUCUUGUAACAUCCCCCUUCUUCAUUAGCCUAGCUUCCACCUGAGCUGGAGGCUCUUAGCAGCUGUGUCACCUGAGCACUGACUGACUGAUUGGGAAGUCAAGCUGGAUAGAGUCCAUUCAGAGCCAGUUGUCCCUGCUGAGGAGGCAGGCCACUGAGGCCAGAGUGUGCAGCCUGCAUGCCCCAUUCACGCCUGUUAUGUAAACAUGGUGUGUGUGCAUGCAUGCAUGUGUGUGUGCGCGUAUGUGUGUCUGUGUGUGAACGGUGGCUUAGUCAAGCGGUGGAGUAGUGGGGGCCAGGGUGGUAUUGUAUAGCAGUAGUUUCCGGCCUCCCACAGUCCUCUCCCUUUGGUGCCAGUCACAACAUUGCUUUAAUUAUAGUGGGGCUGUGUUCCUGAUUCCAUGGCUCCCCGGCUCUCUGCCACAAAGCUGCCUGGCUGCUCCCCUUCCCAUCCCCCUCUCUAACGGAGAGAGCACAGGAGGCAGUCAAAUAGUAAUGAUGACAGGCAGUGUGCGGUAUGAGAUCUGGGAGCCAGGAGGCGUCAAUUAAUAAUGCGGCAGAAUCAAAGGUAUCACAUGAAAGGGAGCCCGCUUGAGAUCCCUCCAGAGCUACACACUCUGGAAGUCAGCAAGGGCGCUCCAGAGCUCCCCCUGGGGGCUAAUGCUGGCACUGGAACAGCAGGUUUGUGAGCUGAGAGUGGACACAGAUGAUGUCAUCUAUGAGGGGACCCAAGGUGACACGAUGGACAGUCGGCCCAGCUCAGGGUUCUAUGAGUCGAGUGAGGGCCAGUCUCCAAAGGGGCAUUCCUGUCCCUCUGAGUUCCCAGAGCCCCCCUCUGGCUGGGGCUACAGCAGCACUGAGAGGCCCAAGUCUCUGAAAGAUGCCCUCCAACUGACAAGUGAGAGUCUGAUGGAGCCAGCCCCUCGUGCCACUGUGCCCCACUCCAUCUCUGCCCCCUAUCCACCCCUGGAGGGCAUCGCUGAGGAGGUGACGGCUGAGGAGCCCUGGCAGUGGGACCCACACUCUGCCCAGGGUUGGGAGGACCAGGCCACUGAGGAGGAUUUCCAGCAGGCUCUGAGGGUAGAAGGCUACAUCCUGGGUCUCAUCCAUCGCUACGCGUUCUCACCCCGGCCCUGCAUGCCUCGUACCAGCCUGGGGCCUGACCCCUCCAUCUCCUCCUCAUCCAGCAUUAACAGGCAGAGCAGCCUGCAAAGGAAACCCCCUCUUCACACCCCUGAGCACUGCAUCCCUGACCCACAGGACCUCUACCCUGACCGUGAGUGCCAGGCCUGGGGGUGUGACCCUCUAGACAGGGAGGCGUGGGGGGGAGAGGCCCCAUCCAUGGAGGAGGACUGUUAUCUGUCUUUACCCUACCCUCACUCCAGACCUCACUCCCUGGCCGGGGGGCAUCCACCCUCCCUGGACCCCCCUUGUGGAGCAAUGGACCCUUGUUUAAGUAGUGAGUCUGAUUCCCCCCAGCACUACCCACUGUCCCACUCCCCAGCUUCACAUAAACACCUUGUCAGAGCGCAGUACAUUCCUGGGCAGGCAUGCCACGCCCCUGUACUAUCCUCACACUAUCCUCCAGAAUACUCCCCCUCACAUUAUCCUCCAGAGCCUUCCAAGCCCAGCCAAAUCUUUGUGUCCCCAGACCAAAGCAGCUCAAAGGCCAGGGCCACGGGGAAGAAGAGUCAUGAGGAGGGACAGAGCUCCAAGAAGCCUGACGACAGGACCUGCCGCUCCCAGUCUGAGAACAGUUUGAUGGGGCAGAGGGCUUUCCCUAAGCACAGGUACAGCACAGCCGAGCGCCCCCAGCACCAGAGGUGCCAGGGUCCACACACAGGCCCCCAGCACAACAACACCGCUGGGGGGCAACGCUGGUGCUCCACCCUGGAGCUCAGCCAGGAAGAAGGGGAGACCCAAGGUGAGCAGGCCCACAGAUGCCCACCUCGUAGGGUCCGCUACACCCAGGCCUGCUCUCAUGCAAACCCCAACCACCACUCUCAGGUCCAUGCCCAGCCUCGCCUCUCAGAGUACCCGGAGAGAGCACCUCUGUGUCGGGGAGAGGAGGGCCGUGUGCAGGCUGCCCCUGGGGAGUCAGAGUUCAGCAGGAGUGAGGUGUACUCCCCUGCUUCCAGCUCCCUCUCUAGUGACUCCGAUGAGGGGGGGCUGGUGUGGCCCCAGCAGCUGCCCCCUCGUCUGGCCCCCUCUUCUUCCUCACCUCAGGCCUCCUCAAAGGACUCCACGCAGCCCAAGGCCUUUGUUAAAAUCAAAGCCUCUCAUGCCCUGAAGAAGAAGAUUCUGCGAUUCCGCGCCGGCUCUCUCAAAGUCAUGACAACAGUCUGAAAAUAUGUCAGUCACUGAUUGUUUCUACUGCCCAUAUCCUGCACAGUCUGAUGGUUCAACCUACAUCACCUACAGUUCACACCCUAACGUCUACCUCUGCUGGUCCGUGCAGCAUUGUCAUAAAAUCAAAAGCUAUUUUACCGUCAGGAAAAACUCAGAUGUCUGUAACUGGCCUAAGAUCAGUAUCAUGAUAUCAUCUAGCUAAACCACAUUUCACCAUCAGACUGUGCAUUAACUCUGCAUUAACCAUUCAUUUGUUUAUGAAAGUCAUCCUCUGAUGGUAACACUGCCAUGUCACAUAUGGACACCUGAAAGUGAACCGCUACCUCUCCUCUCUCAGCUGCACCACCACCACCUGGACCUGAAGCCCAUGUCUAUAGCACUGGCCCUGUUCGUGACUAUAGUGAGGGGUCAAUACACUCAUUUCUGUAAAUACCUACCUGUGGCCUUGUUUGUAUGAAUGUAGUUUGUAAAUAAAGAUGUUGUGGUCUUUUAGGCCAUGUGAUUCAUUUUCCACUUUCUAGUAUUCAACCUAGAAUAGUGGACACCAGAUUGCCUGCUGGAUAUUUCUCACACAUAAAUACAGUUAUUUUCACAUUAGAUCUUAUUCAGAGCUGAUCUGAUUGAUCAAAGACCAAUUAGUGACAAAAAUAUCAGGAUUGAGCUGCCUGUUAGACAAAGCCUCUCUCUGGCAGCCUAAACUGCUUUCAGUGUGCUAGUUGUAUAACAGAAAGUGUACAUCACCCCCCUGUGGUGUAUCAGUAAAACUGCUUUAAACUUUGCUCAGAACAUCUGCUGCAUAUUUUCAUGUACCAAGAUUUUGUACAUGAUUGAGAGCAUGGUAUACUAACCCUAACCCAGGCCUUAAGCUUUUUAUUUCUAUUAGUUUUUAUGUCCCAAAUGCGAACCCCCUCAUCUUUAGGCAAGCACAGGGCACAGAGCACAGAGCUUGUGAAUGAUAAACAACUUGGUCACACAUUAUUUGGAUAGUCUGGAUUUUCCAUCUGUAGAUGCUCUACAGAUGGUCAUACUGUCAACAAACUGCCUGCUAAACUUACGGUUAGAAUUAGGUUUAGAAUAAGGGUUAGGAUAAGGUUAGGAUAAGGUUAGGAUAAGGUUAGGGUAAGGGUUACGUUAAAGGUUAGGAUUAGGGUUAGUAGUUAGUUGAAAUGUUACUGAUAGUCUAUAGAGCAUCUACAUAUGGACUAUCCAAAUAAAGUGUUAACAACCAUUUCAAAAUGGCACCAGUGAACUGUAUUUCUAGGGAAUGCAGGGGUGAUUUAUUGAGGAUGUUGAUUACCACAUAUGGUAAAUGUCCAAUUUAGGUAUAAUACCAGGAGUCGCUUGUCGAUUUAACCGCUCUGACACAGUUCCACCUCCGACACUCCAAAACAAACGCUAUGGGGAUGUCAGCUAAAUCGGAUCUGAUUGAAUAAAGCCUGUAAUUGCACAAGUGUGAUUGCUGGCAGAGACAUAUUGCAGAGAAGACAGGGCUUCCUGUUCUGUUGCACAACACUGUAUGUUGCACAACACUGUAUGUUGCACAACACUGUAUUAAAGUUCCUGUAUUAGAGUUUCUGAACGCCCUCAUCUUUAGGCAAGCACAGAGCACAGAGAUUGUGAAUGAUUAACAAUUUCCAAGUGGCACUAUAGUGAAGUCUAAGAAAUGCAGGGGUGAUUUAUUGAGAAAGUUGCACUGCUGAUUACCACAGAUGAUAUCUGAAAGAGAGAGUUUAUCACAGUUGUGCCAGAGGAAGACGACAUGGAUGAGGGAUGAUGGGAUGAAAGCA